ACUACACAGGUAGUUAAGUUGUUUAAAUAAUUGAACUACAAUACAUAAUAAGCUUCAUCCUUGAAGAAUCACACACACGAAAAAAAAAAAAAAAACAUAUAGGAAAUAUUUGUCAGUAGAAGUUUCAGGAUAGAAACUUGUGACGAAAUCAGUGACCGGACACCAGCCACUAAUUAAAGAAUAGCUGGUGUCGGUAUGACCGGACACCAGCCACCAAUUAUGAUAUUAUUGAAGUCUGGUUGACCCAAUUAUGGAUGUCCGGUCCACGUACCCAAGCACUUCCUUUCUCCUUAUCGGUCACCAUGGCCUCUUGCCCCACCGCCUUUUUCUGCAACCACGCAGCAACAGCAGCACCGUGGUCAUCUUCCAGAACCGGAACCAGAAGAAGCUUCUGUAGGCGGAGCUCUGUGAAAACAACCAUCAAUGCCAAGCUCGACCAGAAGACGUCGUUGCAGUACAAGAAGCUCGGAGACUCAGACCUUGUAAUUAGCGAAAUCACUCUCGGAACCAUGACAUUCGGCCAGCAAAACACAGAGAAAGAAGCUCAUGAGAUUCUCAGCUACGCAUUCGAAAAUGGGAUUAACGCUUUGGACACUUCAGAAACCCACCCAUUUCCAAUGAAGAAGGAAACUCAGGGAAGCACUGAUCGUUUUAUCAGCAGCUGGCUCAAGUCUCAACCCCGUGAUAAGGUGAUUUUGGCAACAAAAGUAGCCGGGUAUUCGGAGACGGCAAGUUACCUGCGUGACAAUGCCACGGUCUUGCGGGUGGAUGCUGCAAACAUUAAGGAAAGUGUAGAGAAAAGCCUUAAGCGCCUUGGCACAGAUUACAUUGAUUUAAUACAAAUUCAUUGGCCAGAUCGCUAUGUGCCACUAUUUGGUGCGUAUUCUUAUGAUUUUUCCAAAUGGAGACCAAGUGUGCCAUUCGUGGAGCAGCUGAAGGCUUUUCAAGAACUCAUUGAUGAAGGAAUGGUACGCUACAUUGGUGUUUCCACUGAAACUUCAUAUGGAGUGAUGGAAUUUGUACAUGCAGCUAAAGUUGAAGGACUACCAAAGAUCGUCAGUAUCCAAAACCGUUACAGUCUGCUAGUUAGAACUCGUUUUGAAAUUGAUCUUGUUGAAGUUUGCCACCCGAAAAAUUGCAACAUUGGCUUACUGGCUUAUUCUCCACUGGGUGGUGGAACUCUUACUGGAAAGUACAUAGAUAUCAAUUCCGAAGCUGCAAAAAAAGGGAGGCUGAACCUUCUCCCUGCCUACAUGGAAAGAUAUAACAAAUCUAUUGCCAGGGAAGCAACAAUAAAGUAUAUCGAGACAGCCAAGAAGCACGGGCUAACUCUGGUUCAGCUUGCACUUGGGUUUGCACGGGACCGUCCUUUUGUGACAAGUUCAAUCGUUGGUGCAACUUCUGUGAACCAACUGAAGGAAGACAUUGAUGCUUUUCUGUUGACCGAGAGGCCUUUGCCACCAGAAGUGGUGGCUGACAUUGAAGAUAUUUUCAAGAGUUACAAAGACCCUCCCAUGUUUUGAAAAAAGUAGCCUAGGAAGUGUAAUUAUUGUUUUCACUUCACAUGUCUGGUUUAGAUGACAAUCGAAGGUCAAUGAUAUCCCUUGUUUGACCUUGGGAAUUCCGGUUUUGUGCGGUGAGCAGAAGCAUGAGAUUUGUUGAUGCUCAAAAAUGGUUGAGCCAAGAUUGAGUCCAACCUAGUGAUGAGGUAUGAUGGAUGAUGGGUGCAGGUGAAGACCUUCAGCAUAUGCAAGCGCUUUCGGCAGAUUGUUGCCUUCGGUAAUCAAGGUAAAUAAAGUAAAUAAGCAUGUAGAAGACAAGAUAUACGUGGUUCACCCGAAUGAUGAGUUACGUCCACGGAGAAAAAUGUUCUCAUUAUGAUAAUGUUUGUUUACAUUUGUACAAGGGGUUGGACCCAAAUAUAAAGAUAAGAAUGGAGAAGCCCAUAAUUAAAGAUAAAGC